AUGACAACGUUAGAGACAAGUCCAAAGGAGAAUAAUGGCAGGCUUGAAUGUCAAGAUUCUCUUCCCAAUAUUGGAAUAUCAGCUGAAGACAGUAAAGAAUGUGAUUAUGUACCAAAAGAAGUUCUCUUUGCUUUGACACGUGUGCCUUCUCCCAAACAAGCAGAACCAAGCAAAAAGCCAGCAGAUUUAGAUGCAUUGGUUGUCCCUGGCAGGAAACGUUCAGGCAAUGUAUGGUACCAUAAAAGACGAGAAAGGUUAAAACAUCUCACAGAUGAUACAAUUUGUAUUUGUGGCGCUGGAAGGGAUAUUUCCUUCCUUUAUGAUGUUCCCAAAAGUGACAAAAAAAUUGAAAAAUCCAGUAAUGUUGAUGUGGGUGUUAUUAGAAAAAAAAAUGAGAAAAAAGAUUCAAAGGCAAUUCAACUUCCAAAUACAUUAAUACCAGAGGAGUUUCAUUUGGUAAGGAACCAAGGUGUAAAGAGUUUGGAAUUUAAAGAUGAGGAAUACAGCACAUAUUUGCAAGAACAUGAAAAACAUUUGGUUCAGUUCCCUUCAUUGAAACCUAAUAGUCGAUAUGAAGUGGUCCAACUGAGGAAUACAAUGCUUGACAUGUUGGACAAAGCAGGAAUCAAUAAUUUGAAAGUGGAAGUCAAAGGUCCAACACAGAUUCACAACCUUCUGGAGCUGAUAAAAAAGGAACAGAACAUUUACAACGUUAUCUUCCAUGAAUUAAUACGGCAGGUCAGUGUGGAUUGUCUUGAACGUGGAGAUCUUCUGGCAGAAAUCAGAAAACGUUACAGUAAUCUUCUGAACAGGGUCCCCAACCAAAUAAAAAGUCUGCACCAAGAAGUUAUUGCACAGAGAGCACUUGACCGAAGACUUACAGAAGAACUGUUCAGUUUUAAGAAUUCCCUUAACAAACUGACAUUAGAUGGGUUAUCAUCUCUAAAUAAUUACAUAUCUAUCUAUCUAUCUAUCUAUCUAUCUAUCUAUCUAUCUAUCUAUCUAUCUAUCUAUCUAUCUAUCUAUCUAUCUAUCUAUCUCAGUCUGGAAUUGGCCAAAGUAAAAGAGCAUGAUUCUCAACUUGCAAGAGAAGUAGACAACACUAGAAAAGCUUUGAAGGUGGCCCUAAGUGAAGCUGCUAGAAAUUCAAAUAUACUGUCUGAAUAUCAUGAACUGUAUGAAUUGCAACGUCGACGUUUAGAAAAACAGGUGACGUCUCAAAUGAAAGAAAAAGAAAUUUGGUGUACAGCAACUUGUAAUUUGGCCAUUAAGGUCAUUGAAGAAAGUAAUUUGACCACAGCCAAGUUGCUACUUAUAAGUGAAAAAAUGUGGGCCAAAAUUGCACAGCAUUGCACAAUUCUUGUCAGUGACCAGGACACAGUGCUGUUAGUCAAAAUACAGGAAAUGGUAAACAUCUGGAAAAACAGCAUGGAAAAGUUCUAUCUGGACAUUUCUGAAUGGGAGGAAAAUUCCAAGGCAACAUUUAAUAAACUAAAAGCUGAUAUUGAGCAACGCUUUGGAAUUUUCAAAGAACAAGUUCGGAAUGAACAAGGCUCUUACAAAGUACUUCCAUGCUCACUGAAGAAGGAAAUAUAUGACACAUUUUACAGCUGGGAUGAAAUACUAACAGCAGAAAACCAGAAUUAUGAUGGAAUUGUUUCUCUGAGCAGAUUAGAGGAUCUUGACAAAAUGAUGAAACUCCAGAGUGAAUGGGAAGAGUUAUCUUUUGUAUUGCUUGAUCGACAUACACUUUCAGAGAAUCAAAAAGUCAUGUUCAAAACCUGUACAGACCAUAUGAAUGAGGUUUUAAACAAAAUGAAGGAACAGUACAAAAUUUUAAUUAAUGGAGACAAUGGUGCUUCCAAUGCGUUGUUAUUGAUGAGCCAGAAAAUGAGUUCUUGGUUACCAAUGUUAAAUUCAAGCAUAUUAGGCAGGAAAGAACUGACUAAUAUUGAAAUGGACAUGUUUUUACAACUUGAUCAAGAAUUGCUGAUGGUUAUGGAUAAAUUAAUGGAAUGUUUUGGUAUGCCUGACACAGAAGAAAUGAGACAAUCAGGUGAAGUGGAAAACAGGGUGUCUGUGUUUGAUGUAAUGCAUGCCGGAGAACAUUGGUUCACUGUCAUAUCAAAUAUCAUUGAUAGUCAAGAUGCCAAAUUAAUAGAAAAUGUGAACAAUCUUCACCUGCAAAUGGUCAUGUGGAGCUGUAAUAUUCUCCUUCGUCUCUGCCCUGACCACCCCAGCAGCAUGCAGGAAACCAAGGAGGCCCUCUAUGCCACCUGUCCAACCCCUGAGGACCUAUUACGAGAAUUCACUUCAAUGUUUCCCCAGGUGAAGGAGAUGUCAGACAAAAUUGUAAGGCACCUUUCUAACGUCACUCAAAUGACAAAUUUCUUUGGCUAUGAUAACAAAACUCCAAUGAGCGCACGUAUCAAACUAAUAGAGCAAGGCUAUGGAGAUGGAAGUGCUGACAUAGAUCGAAUGCAGAAUGAAUGUAGUAAAUGGAUGGAUACAGCUCAGUUACUUGUUGCCAAAGUUCUCCAAAAACCAAUAUCAGAAGUUUUCCCUGACUAUAACCUGUCUCAUACAGAUCAAAUGAGGGCAGCAAUCAAAGAUUCACAGUCAGAGCAAGAACCUCUGAUCUCCAGUACUGAUCAAGAGAAACAGGUAGAGAUUAUAAUCAGCCAAGAAGAGAGCAUUUCAAGUACAACCUUAAAAGAAGACAUCCAGUCGAAAUCUGGGGAAAGUUUAGAAGAGAAAAUUACAGAAAAGUUCUCAGCAACAGAGGAGAGUCUAAUACUUGAAGAGGAAGAAGUAGAAGAAGAAGGAGAAGAAGAAGCAGAGGUGGAAGAAGGACAGAUAUCAACUGGCUCAUCAGAACCAGAAGAAAGUGAUGAGCAAAUGGCAAUUGCUUUAUCUGAAAAAGAAGAUUCUAAAACUCAAAUACCAUUGAUGUCUGAGGAACUAGCCAUUCCAGACAUAAUGCAGAUUAUUGGUGAUGAUGGUAAUACACAUAUGCAAAAGCUGGAAUAUGACAAAUAUUAUAUACCAGAUGACUCAGCUAAUUUUAAACUCGAAGAUACUCCUGAUGUCAGGAAAGCUUAUAUAGCCUUGGCCAAUGUGAGGAAACUGCAGAAACAACUUUUAAUUACAGAAGAACGAGCACAGAUGUUUGAAGCCAGAAUGCGUACAGCAGAAAAAGAGUUGAUAUUUUGUGAGGAGAGGAUCCGUGCAUUGGAGAAGCAACUACGUAUUUACAACACAGAUCCUGCAGUUGGAUAUAUGCCUACUGGAAAGGCUUCUGCAGCAAUCCAGGAUUCAGGCCUGAACGUUCCAAAGUCGUCAGCAGGUGUCAAGUCAGGCAAGAAAUCUCCUGCAAAAAAUAUUAAAUCUAAGAAGAAAUAA